AUGAGCAACCAACCAUGGCUUGACAGUCUGUCUGAUGACUGGCCAUCUCCAGCUUCGCCAAUCAGUCCAAUACCUGUUUUACCUGUACCAGAGUCGCCCAAGACCAGUCAGCAGGGAACUCCCAGUCGCAUUCCUGUCCCUGCGCGGCGUUCCUUAGAACAACAAUCACCGGGAAGCAACAAAAAAGACAAGGUUACCCGACCAUGCCAUUUCCAUAGAAGAGAACCUCCGACGCCGAAAACUCCCCGAACACCCAAAACACGCAAACCACGAUCGCCCUACCCGAGUGAAUCGAAAUCCAGUACUCCCAAGACCAACCCAAGAACUUACUCCAAGGGAAGUCCCAAGGUCAGCCCCAAGCCCACCCCGGGUGCGGCACGAAGACAGCCCGCAAUGGAUACGCGCUCCCCUCUACGAUCGGUGUCGAACGUCUCCAAAGCAUCCACGCAAUCCGAAUUCGAUGGUACCGUUCAGAUCAAAACGAAGGGCAAGGACACAAAGGAGGGUACACCAGAAUGGCGCAGGCGACUAGUGCGCGGGGAAAUCGCGGCGGGCGAGCAACGGGACCUGUUCGCGCCGAUGGGACUUGAAAGCGUGUUCAAGCCGCCUACACCUGGUGCUGCAGCGGCGCCACAAGACUCUACCCCGUUUACGAAGCAGGAUGACCUUCUUUGGGAUUUCGCCGACACACCUUCGCGACAGGAUAAAGACGAGCAGAACAGUCGCGACAAUGACCCCGAUCGCGUCGUAGAUGAGGAUGAAAUGGACAAUGACGAUCGAUCACCGGAAGGAACCGUCAACCGUAAUCCUUGGGAGAAUAAUGCAAACCUGGACGUGGAUUGGGACCAGGAAGGGUUCUCCCAACAGGGAAAUACACAGCUACGGACAGCUAGUGGGUUGGAGGACCUGCGCAACGAGGGAAUCACACCCAUAACCUUCUCCCGGAACAACACCGUUGAUGGCAAUGGGACUUCAGAAGUCAUCAAGUCCGCCUUGAAACAAGUCACCAACAAGUUGGAAAGCCUGUCUAUCGAAAAUGAAAGUCGCCCGGACUCCCCCGCAAGCGAUAGCUUCCUCUUCUAUAAUAAUAACGAACCUCACGCGGAUGGUUCUCCACGAGAGGACAGCCUGCUGGACGUGACCAGUCAUUCUCUACCCCAAGAUCUGUCUAUGGGGACGGUGGACUUCAACAGUCGAGGAAACCGCUCUUUCCCUCGGCGAUUCUCCCCUUCGCCCUUUCCUUCCCACCGUUUGUCACCCACAACCCUCGCCAACUCUAAAAUCCGAAGUUCUCCCUUGUUCAAUCCUCCUCACACCGCAUCACCUGGUUUACCGCGUCCUUCCUCAUCUCAUGUUCGGCCAUCCACAGCUGGAGCAGAGAAUGAGGCUAAGAUGCCGUCAUCAGGAAGUCCAUUGAAGCUAUUCGGUAACCAUGACACAUUCACUAAUAACAGACUUCUACGACGCAUGAGCCAAUUUGAAGACAAUUUUAGCGACACGUCAGAGGGAGAGGAGCCCCCUUCGCCCUCAGAAGAAGCGCGAAGAAAAGGCGAAAACCGCAGCUUCUUAAAUGCCAGACAUGAACCAUUGCAGGAGAUCUCUCCCAGGCGAAACGAACGUCUUGGAUCUCGGAAUGCUGUACAUCGAAUCAGCCAAUUCGGGGGUGGCGAGUUGGACAAAUUUGAUUUCUCAGACACUAGCCCUUACGAGCCCAAAUUGGUGUACGAUGAGGCCGGAGGGUUUGGCUCUCGCCCAUCUUCGCGCAAACGAUCAUCAACCCGGCAGAAAUAUCUUCGGGGCCCUUCGCAGCAAGGGUUGUAUCAUUACAGCAGAUCAGCUAGCUCGGGGUUCACCAGGAAACCAUCUGCCUGGAUGCGCCAGGAUUUCUUUGACGAUGUGCAGCAUGCGAGUCGCUCGAACAACAAGGAAAAUAUGGCCCCUGAUGUCAAACGAGUACCCCGGGCCCCUGGCAUGGACCCCACCCCCAAACGGCGCCGGACAAUCAUGAGAAACAACAGCGCCGAGCCCUAUCACAAUACCAAUGGCGGUUCGCCUCAGAAGUACGGUGACAGCAUGUCACUGUUGCAACGAAGUCUUAUGCAACAUGGUGUACAGCUCGAAAAUAGUGAUUAUCUUGCUCCGCCGGGUCUUUCUCAAUCGAGGCAGCGACCUCGAACGCCCACACCAAGCCAAAUACGAACGGACGGGGAAAGCCAUAUUGCACCGCACAGGGAUUUCUCCGAAUCCAACUUUGAGAAUAACGAUUAUUCUGAUUCUUUUUCCCUUGACGGCGACGUUCCAUUAGUGAAGAUUACUGGGACUAGCGAUACCUCACGAAAAGGAUCUAUCACCACCCAGGAUUAUUUAAACGAGGCCACCAAAAUCAUGGAUCUCAUCAGAUCUAAAGGACGAGGCGCGGCUGGAUUGACAAGCGUACAUGAGUCUGAUGUGGAAAGUGAAGCCGACGACUUCAGCGACGACGAAUCCACGCGGGAAGCCUUUUCUCGCCCUCCGAGUCGCGAUGGUACGGAUCUUCGCAAGCUGAGAGAAGUGAAGGAGUUGAACCCAAUGAUUUUGAGUCACCUGAAGAAAUACCAGGAGCAAGAUGACCCGAAUGACCGGGAAAUGUCCCUGCAUGGUCGUCAUGUCCAGGACGAGGGCCAAACCGAGCUCGCUGAAUCUAACUCACAGAAUAUCCGAAUUCACGGACCGAGGAAACGAAAGACAAGUGGCAUGACUGAUGAUACGGCGGAAAACAUCGCCCAGGAUUUGAUGACUAUCAACACACAAAUGUCUGGCUUCAGCGUCACCUCCGUGCCCACAGGCUCUUCGCAAAGUUCCCAAGUCAAGGGUAUGCUGGCUUCUGAUCUUGUAGCCCACCUGAUUCCAAAUGAGGUCAAUGGCUUCAAGUAUGACCGCUCGAAGAAUCAGUGGGUGAAAGACGAGGUAGAAGAACCACAGGCGCCAAUCUCCGAACCCCCCGAGGAGACCGAUGAUCCGUUCAGGGACAUUCCGGAUCUUAGUGUAGACGAGCUUCAGGAGAUGAUGCGAGUUCAUGGCCUUAGUUCUCCCACAAAGAGUGACGCCCCAGCUGAUCGAGAGCAAAUAAAGGCCCGCAAUCCUUCGGCCGCGAACAAAAAGAAAACUGAUGUUCGACCACACACAAGGGACGGAGAACCAUCCCUCGGUGCAAGCUCAGACCAAUCAAGAUUCACUCGGUUCACGUCCAGUGUUCCUAACACUGGGACAAGAGCUACAUCAUGGGGCACGGACGAGGCCGCAGAAAGAAAAACCUCUGAACAAGAAAAACAUGAAGCCCAACGCGAGGAGCCGUUGUCUUCGAAGACCCCCGAUCUCUUGGAAAACAGGCACUCCGACCCGAAUGCGAACCACACCUACCACGAAGUUGUGCCAGAGGAAGAUAUGGCCUCAGCAGACUACGAGAAUGGCCCAAUACGGUCAUCCGCUCCUCCCACGGGGCGUCAAACUUCAGUCGGUGGGCAGCCAUUCAUUCGACGUCCCAUCUCGAGGAUUGAGGAAAGGAACGAGGAGACUAUUGAUGACCAAAGCCUCGUCCGCAGGAAUGACUCACUUCAUGUUCAAGAAACGCCCGGCAGAACCGGGCCAGAGAAUUCUUUGAUACCCCUCCAGAGUGCCGGGCCCGACACGAGCUACAGCUUCCACCUCAGUCCACUUGCGGACUUUACCGUUAACCAAGGCGAUAAACCCCUGAACCUUGAAAUGAGCUAUGUGGCUCAACGUACAAACCCGUCCUCUUUGCGACAAGUGCACGGGACGUUCGCAUUGGCAACUGAAGAUUUGAUCAAGCAUAUCACUGACGUGGAACCCUAUGAGCCUUAUUGGGAACAUGUGCGCCGCCUUGUCUUGCGCCAGAAGGGAUUGAUUACGCUGCAUAAGCUGAACGAAUUCUGCCCCCGGCUAGAGGAGUUGGAUGUUUCUGAUAACGAUAUUGGUCAAUUGAGUGGCAUUCCCUCAACCCUGAGAACCCUCAAGAUCCCUAGAAACUGCCUCUCAAAUCUGACUCCCUGGAGUCACAUGAUCAACUUGCAGUACUUGGACGUCUCAGGAAACGAUAUUGAGACGCUGGAUGGCUUCGCAAGCUUGAUUCAUCUCAGGGAAUUGAAGGCGAAUGACAAUAAGAUCCGUAACAUAGACGGAAUUCUUGAUCUGAAUGGCCUACUAAGCCUGAAGCUCAGCAACAACUCUAUCGCUGCAGUGGAUUUUGCAGGGUCCGAGCUAACACGCCUUCGUGAUCUUGACUUGAGCCACAACUGUCUGACAUCUGUUCGGAACGUCGAAUGGCUUCCGUCACUUGCUACUCUCGAUGUCAGCGCCAACCAGAUCAGCCGUUUUGACUCGUCUGCCUCCCUUAUUAGCCUCCGCGCUCUGAAACUCUCUGAAAAUAAGUUAGAGACUUUAGAUGCACGGGCUUUCCCUUCUGUGAGCCUUCUCUACCUCGAUCAAAACCACCUUUCUACCGUUACUGGCCUUGAGGUUUGUCACAAUCUCGAGGUACUGUCUCUCCGAGAGCAGACACCGUCCAAAGAAAAGGACCUUGAACACAGGCUAGAUAUUGAUUUGGGGCUUGUCAAGGACGUUCGUAAAGUCUUCUUGUCCUCGAACAAGCUUUCCCACCAAAGUGUUUGCCCUUCUACUCCACUACUACGACUUCAACUUCUUGACCUAGCUGCGUGCACAUUGAAAAGUCUUCCGAAUGAUUUUGCUUUGAGCUUCCCGAAUCUCAAGGUCCUAAAUCUGAAUUUCAAUUCGGUUAAUGAUGUUGAGCCACUGGUUGGAAUGAACUGUCUUGCCAGACUGAUGAUCGUCGGCAACCGUCUUUCAAGGAUGAGAAGGGUCUGUCAAAUUCUCAGUCGGCUAGGAAAAACCGGAAAAGGAACUGCAUGCUCCUUACGCAAGCUUGAUCUCCGCGGGAACCCGUUGACUAUUGGUUUUUAUCCUCCGGCAGUGACUGGAAAUGGCAAUGCCGAUCGCAAGAAAUUGAAGUUCCAAGAACAAGCAGUCGUCCGACACCAAGGAGCCCACCGGGAUCUUUCUGAUGCUCUAGCUGAGCUCGGAAACGAUGACCAGAUCUCCCAUCGCGCCACCAUCGGCGAUGAGCCAAAGACAGACAGAGAGAUCGAAGUCAACGACCCAUACACAGUUCCGCUCGCCGAUCCGCAAGCGGAUGUGAAGUACGUAAGGCACCUCGAUCAAGCCACACGUCUACGCCGAAGAGUGCUAGAGCUCCUGCUCUACGCCGGCACAAGUGGCUCCCUCCACACCCUCGACGGACUAGACCUUCGGCCGUCACUGGGCAACGAGUCCUCGGACAUGAACAAAGCAUGGGACAGACUGGAAAAUCUUGGUGUAUUGCGGAGGAAGGCGAUUAAAAAUUAG